AUGGUGAACGUUCCGAAGACCAGAAGAACGUUUUGCAAAAGUUCAAAGUGCAAAAAGCACACUAUUCAUAAGGUAUCGCAGUAUAAAGCUGGAAAGCCUGGUCUCUAUACUCAAGGAAAAAGGCGAUACGAUAGGAAGCAGUCAGGUUAUGGUGGUCAGACUAAGCCUAUAUUCCGAAAAAAGGCGAAGACUACUAAAAAGAUCGUUCUCCGAUUAGAAUGUACUGAGUGUAAGUAUAAGCACCAACUCGGAAUUAAACGGUGCAAGCACUUCGAACUUGGUGGUGAUAAGAAAAAGAAGGGACAGAUGAUCCAGUUCUAA